AUGGGAAACAAUACCUCUGGUCUCGGUGGUGCUCCACCAGGUGGAGAUGGUAAGGAUGAUAAGGACAAAAAGAAGGACAAGCCCAAGUAUGAACAGCCUCCACCUCCGACGACGCGUAUCGGCCGAAGAAAGCGCAAGGCCGCUGGUCCAAAUGCAUCAACCAAGCUACCAGUCAUCUAUCCUACAUCUCGGUGCAAGCUGAAGUACCUACGGAUGCAACGUGUACAUGACCACCUUCUACUUGAAGAGGAAUAUGUAGAGAAUCAAGAGCGAAUACGCAAAGCAAAGGCACAGAACACUGCCACUCCAGCAUCAGCAGGUGGAGAUUCCGAUGCUUUGGAUAGGAAUGCCGACGAAAGGAGUCGUGUUGAUGAUAUGAGAGGCAGCCCGAUGGGCGUCGGCAAUUUGGAGGAAAUGAUUGACGAUGACCACGCCAUCGUCUCCAGCGCCACUGGGCCUGAGUACUACGUUUCCAUCAUGUCUUUCGUCGACAAGGACCUUCUCGAGCCCGGAGCUAGCAUCUUGCUACAUCAUAAAUCAGUCUCGGUGGUUGGUGUCCUGACGGAUGACGCGGAUCCGUUGGUGUCGGUCAUGAAGUUAGACAAGGCACCUACGGAGUCAUAUGCAGACAUCGGUGGACUUGAGCAACAGAUCCAAGAAGUACGAGAAGCUGUCGAGCUACCACUAUUGCAUCCGGAACUCUACGAAGAGAUGGGGAUCAAGCCGCCAAAAGGUGUCAUACUUUAUGGUGGACCUGGGACCGGGAAAACUUUACUCGCCAAAGCCGUUGCAAAUCAGACCAGCGCUACGUUCCUUCGCAUCGUAGGCAGUGAACUCAUUCAGAAGUACCUGGGUGAUGGGCCACGGCUGGUUCGUCAAAUUUUUCAGGUCGCCGCCGAGCACGCACCUUCGAUUGUCUUCAUCGACGAGAUCGAUGCCAUCGGUACAAAGCGUUACGAGUCAACAUCUGGAGGAGAGCGUGAAGUGCAGCGGACUAUGCUAGAGUUGCUCAACCAGCUGGAUGGUUUUGAUGACAGAGGAGAUGUCAAGGUCAUUCUGGCCACCAACAAGAUUGACACGUUAGAUCCUGCUCUCAUUCGCCCUGGAAGAAUUGACCGCAAAAUCCUUUUUGAGAACCCAGACCAGAAUACUAAGAAGAAGAUCUUCACCCUCCACACAUCCAAGAUGUCCUUAAACGACGACGUCGAGCUUGACGAGUUCAUCAACCAGAAAGAUGACCUCUCUGGCGCUGACAUCAAAGCCAUCUGCUCUGAGGCUGGACUGAUGGCCCUCCGUGAGCGCAGGAUGAGGGUCCAGAUGGCAGACUUCAGAUCAGCACGAGAAAGAGUGAUGAAGACGAAGACUGAGGGGGAGCCUGAGGGUUUGUACUUGUAG